AUGUAUACCCCGGGGCAGUGGGAGAAUAAGGGGGUGGGUGAGCCACGGAAGUUAACCCCUGCAUUGUCGAGGGUCUUUGGUUGUCUGAAGAGGAAUCGUGAAGUGUUCGAUAUUAGUCUUCGCUUUCCUCUCUUCCAUUCUCAUCUGUCAUUAGCUUAUAUCGAGAGUUCAUCCCCAUCCUAUAUCCUGCAACGUACAUUCUGCUGCUCGUUCCUCUCACAGGUGAAGACGGGAUGCUGCGGGCUGGACCCCACGACGGGGCGGGGCAAGCAGAUCCACCUGGCGCAGAUGCUGCUCCUGCCCUUCGUGCCCAUCAUGGCCCUCAUCAUACAGAACGGACUCAACAUGGUGAACGUCCUGCAGUACCAGUACGAGAUGCAGGAGACCAUUGACCAGGUCCAGAUCAGCACGGGCCUGGGCAACGUGACGGAGGCGCUGCAGUCCGAGCGCGCCGAGAUCGCCUUCUACCUCUUCACCAACGGCUCGGUGAUCCGGAGGAACCUGUCGGAGCACUUCGCCUACACCAACUCCCUCAUCGACAACCUGAAGUGGCCCAAAUUCCGCAUUGAAGACCCGCUAUUUAAGAACAAGAUCCUGUUCCGCAUUCGCCUCGACGACUUCCGGGACAAGAUCACCAAGUUCGACACGCCAUCUAUUGACGCCGGGAUAAAGUUCUACAACAGGGCCAACUAUAUCUUCCUGGACCAGCUUACGCGGGAGAUCAAAGAGAAGGACAGCUCGGGCGUGUGGCGGCCGCUCCUCGCCUACAAGAACCUGAUCCGCGCCAUCGAGCACCUGGGCAUCUCCAUGGUGUUCGGCGAGGAGUACUUCGGCAGGGGGGACCUCGACCACACCUCCUACCUCAACUUCGUCACCAACGACGCCCUCGGGCAAGAUUUCCUCAAUGCUAGUAAGAGCUUCGCCUACUGGAUCAAGGACAGGUACCUCCAGCUGCAGCAGACAUACCCGUGGUACUCGAACAUCACGCGUCGACGACAGGAAAUCAUAAACAGGGUCAAGAUCGAGCCCGACUUCGACAAGGCCACCGAGUACUUCUACGCCAUGCUGGGCUACCUGGACGCCCUGCAGAAGAUCCAGUACGAGAUCCGCACCAGGAUCGAGGAGACCAUUCUGUCGGAGGUGUGGAUGACAAUGUGCGGAUAUAAGCUAAUGAGACUUAAGAUUGCGGAUAUGGGUGACAGUGCGUGGAUGAAGUGGAUAUCAUGUGGAUACUAUUAUGCUUACGAUCUAGCUUUGUGUGGUCUAUGUGGAUUACCUACAAAAACAACCACCCGCGUGCCUGGAUUCGCCUGCCUCCCCGACCGUCGAGCCGAUGAAGACGCGCCGGGAGAGCCGCCCCAACGCGAGGCGGGCCAGCCAGCCCACCAGCGCCGCGUGAUGCACGAGCAAGGUGUGUAUGCAUUAACCUCAGGUAAUCUCUCACGAGCAGUCUCCGUGUAA